AUGUCACGUCCCGUCUGGUUUAUGAUCAAGAUCGAUGGACGCUUCAAGUGGGAACCCUCUAUGACGUCAAUGGCGUCAGAGCUCGCGAGGGAAACAGUCGAAACUAUUGACCGGUCAACAGUUCGUGAACGUGGACGUUUUAAGAAUUUCAGAAAACAUCAUUAUGCUGUGACAGGCAGUCAUUAUGCUGUGACAGGCAGUCAUUAUGCUAUGAAAGGCAGUCAUUAUGCUGUGACAGGCAGUCAUUAUGCUGUGAAAGGCAGUCGUUAUGCUGUGAAAGGCAGUCAUUAUGCUGUGACAGGCAGUCAUUAUGCUGUGAAAGGCAGUCAUUAUGCUGUGAAAGGCAGUCAUUAUGCUGUGAAAGGUAGUCAUUAUGCUGUGACAGGCAGUCAUUAUGCUGUGAAAGGCAGUCGUUAUGCUGUGAAAGGCAGUCAUUAUGCUGUGACAGGCAGUCAUUAUGCUGUGAAAGGCAGUCAUUAUGCUGUGAAAGGCAGUCAUUUUGCUGUGAAAGGUAGUCAUUAUGCUGUGACAGGCAGUCAUUAUGCUGUGAAAGGCAGUCAUUAUGCUGUGAAAGGCAGUCAUUAUGCUGUGAAAGGUAGUCAUUAUGCUGUGACAGGCAGUCAUUAUGCUGUGAAAGGCAGUCAUUAUGCUGUGAAAGGCAGUCAUUUUGCUGUGAAAGGCAGUCAUUAUGCUGUGAAAGGCAGUCAUUAUGCUGUGACAGGCAGUCAUUAUGCUGUGAAAGGAAGACACAUUGAAGAAUAG